AUGGAAGAUGAGGAACAUAUCAAGGAUGGCUUAGAAAGUCUCGAUGUCAACACUGCGCCCUCCUCGCAGCAAAUUAUCGUGAAGAAGGAGAGCGAUAGUACUGCUUCGUCGCCAAAUGUUAGCAAAGAUUCCCAAUCAGGGAGUUUAUCCCCCGACGAUUUGAAAGAUCGCAGUGAUAGUGCAUCUACUCCUGACGGACACCCCCCUAAACUUGCUCGCAAAGCAUCUCGCAAAAUGGCGGCUCCACCUGCUCAACUUUUCAACGACCUACCAGACGUUACGUCGGAGUCCUGUAGCCAUUUCCAGUUGAUCCCGGAUUGUCUUUACGGCUCUAAAUCUCUUGGGUCGACAGAUCACGACGCGCUAGAUUGUGACUGCAGCGAAGAAUGGCGGGAUGGCAUAAACCAUGCUUGCGGUGACGAUUCAGAUUGCAUCAAUCGAGCCACCAAAAUGGAGUGUGUUGAUGGUGAUUGCAACUGUGGCGAAGGGUGCCAGAACCAACGUUUCCAGCGCAAGCAGUAUGCUGACGUCUCAGUGAUUCGAACCGACAAGAAAGGUUUUGGUCUCCGAGCAAACGCAUCUCUUGAAGCUAACGAUUUUAUUUUCGAGUAUAUCGGAGAAGUCAUCAAUGAACCGACCUUCCGAAGGCGAAUGCUUCAAUACGACAAGGAAGGCAUUCGCCAUUUUUACUUUAUGUCACUAACCAAAAAUGAAUUUGUAGACGCGACAAAAAAGGGAAAUCUAGGUCGCUUUUGCAACCACUCGUGCAAUCCCAACUGCUAUGUAGAUAAAUGGGUUGUUGGUAGCAAGCUUCGCAUGGGUAUAUUUGCCUCAAGGAGGAUUCAGCCCGGCGAAGAACUCGUUUUCAACUAUAAUGUGGACAGGUACGGAGCCGACCCUCAACCCUGCUACUGCGGGGAACCCAAUUGUAUUGGUUUCAUCGGUGGCAAGACACAAACCGAGCGGGCAACCAAAUUGUCCGACGCGACCAUCGAAGCUCUCGGGAUUGAUGAUGCCGAUGGCUGGGAUACUACGGUCGCGAAGAAGCCCCGCAAGAAGAAGAUUACGGAGGACGAUGAGGAGUACGUUAAUAGCGUACAAGCUCGCGGAUUGGAUGAAAAGGAUGUCACUAAGGUCAUGGCUACGCUCAUGCAGUGCAAGGAGAAGUGGAUUGCAGUCAAAUUGCUCGAGCGCAUUCAACGUUCUGAUGACGACCGGGUGCGCAAUCGAGUUGUGCAGAUGCACGGAUAUCAGAUUCUCAAGACCGCGCUAAACACGUUUAUGGACGACAACAACGUAGUCCUUCAGAUCCUUGAUAUCCUCUACAAGUUCCCUCGUCUGACUAAAAAUAAGAUAUCCGACUCUAAGAUCGAAUCGACUAUUCAACCUCUAACAAACUCGGAGCAUGAAGAUGUUUCUGCAGAAGCUAUGCGACUACUAGACGAAUGGAGCAAGUUGGAGGUCGCGUACCGGAUUCCUCGAAAAAAGCUAGACCCUAAUGCUCAAUCAACAGCUAACGCACAGUCUGUCAACUCUUUCGAGGAACGUCGCGCAAAUCGCCCCGAAGAGCCGCUUAUCAAGACUGUUUUUACCCUUCCUGAGAAUAUUCCCAAGGGUCCACGGAGUAAUGUUCCUCAACGAAAUCCUAAUUUUUUUAAUAACCAGCGCUUUCGGCGUCCUCAGGCUCAGAAUCUCCCUCCCGGUUGGUUUACCGCCACCGAUAAGCGUGGCAACUUGUACUACUACACUCGGACUGGCAUUACAACAUGGCAAAAGCCGACUGCGCCACCCGAGUCAGGCCCCUCGCAGCCCAAGGGACCUUCUAAAGCGGCACAAGAGCAGAAGACGUUGCAAGACAUCAUCGAUUCUGUUACCAAACUGGAAAAUGUGCCCAGGCGGUCAGCGUCGCAAACUCCACAGACCAGCACUCCAACCCAAGAGCCCAAGAAGGAGAAGUGGCGUUCUCUACCAAUUGAGAAGCAGAUGAAGAUCUAUGAGAAUACGCUUUUUCCUCAUGUGAAAUCCGUCGUAGACAGAUUCCAUAAGAAGCUUCCCAAGGAUGACCUGAAGAAGUUCAGCAAAGAAAUCAAUAAGAAACUCGUUGCAUCAGAUUAUAAGAAUAACCGCGUGGAUGAUCCGACCUCAAUUUCCGAAAAACAACAGAGGAAGGUCAAAGAAUAUGUCAAAGAUUUUUUCAACCGUGCAGUCGCGAAGUAUAGAGCUCGCGAGCAAAAGAAGGCUGAGCGAACUAAUGAGCACCAUGACUCGCAAGCAAGUCAGGAUGCCGAUUCUACCGCGACGCCGAUAGCCAAGGAUGAAGAUAUCGUGAUGACGGAUGAUGAAGGAAUGGGCUCGACCCCCGGCAGUCUCGAUCGUAAACGAAAACGCGAGGAUGAUGCGUGCGGCUCACCUAGCUUAACCCCUUCCGAGACGCCUUCGAUGAAGCGAGUUAAAGAGGACGAGAGCGAUGUGCCAAGUCCACCCCCUCCGCCUCCUCCGCCACUGGACGAUGAAGCUGUGUUGGAUGUAGUGAGUGAGCCAGAUAAAAUGUUUGGAGAACAGGACACCGGCUUGCUAGAGGAGAAGGAGGAAGUACAACGUGUAGCCGCCGAGGCGGAACGACAGAAGCUUCGAGAAGAAGAAGCGGCACUUGAACGAGAAAAUGAGUUUAAUAUGCUCGCUUUCGAAAGGGAGCAACACGAUAAGUUGGUAAAUGGUAAUAGUCAUACCACUCCGGAAGGUCUUCCCCAAACCCACGAAAACGCAAACGGUGGAUUAGACUCAGCCGGCGAAGACGGAGCUGCAAUACAGCACAGCGCCAGGAAGCAUGAGGUUAUGAGCCAUUAA